AUGGAUCUGCUUCCAGCGCAGGAAGCGGCUAAGAUCUACCACACCAACUACGUGAGGAACUCCCGGGCCAUCGGCGUCAUGUGGGCAGUGUUCACCAUCUGUUUCGUCAUCAUCACGGUGGUGGUGUUCAUCCAGCCCUUCUGGAUCGGGGACAGCGUCAACACGCCGCAGGCCGGAUAUUUCGGCCUCUUCCACUACUGCAUCGGCAACGCGCUCACGUCGGAGCUCAUCUGUAAAGGCAGCAUUCUGGACUUCGGCUCCAUCCCCUCACCUGCCUUCAGGACCGCCAUGUUCUUCGUGGGGUCCUCCAUGCUGCUGGUGGUGGGCACCAUGGUCUGCUUCAGCCUCUUCUUCUUCUGCAACGCGGGGAACGUCUACAAGAUCUGUGCGUGGAUGCAGCUGGCCUCAGCCGUGUUGAUGGUAAUGGGCUGCAUGAUCUACCCUGACGGCUGGGAUUCUCCGGAGGUUAAGAGGAUGUGUGGCCAGAGGACAGAUAAGUACAGCCUGGGGAACUGCACGGUGCGCUGGGCCUACAUCCUGGCAAUCAUCAGCAUCCUGGACGCCCUCCUCCUGGCAUUCCUCUCCUUCACCCUCGGCAACCGACAAGACAAACUGCUGCCGGACGACUUUGAGAUGGAUGGAGCAGAAAAAAACUGAUGGACAGACUUUCAGAACAAGCGUGGUGUAGUUCGAUGCAACAAGAGUCAAGACGAGGAUCUCGAAAUUUUAUGACGCAGUAAAGAACACAACUGUAUCUAUAACUUUUUUUAAUCAUUCUAAUAUACAACUCUACUGCUUUACUAGCCAAUGAAUAAUAACGUUUUAACAGUUCCAUAAUUCAUGUCAACAACCUAAUAAAGACUGAAAAACAAGCAUGACAGUCAUUGUGUAUU